AUGGAGGUGAAAACAAAAUCGAAGGCCCGGAAGACUCCGAGAACUGCAACUAAGGCGUAUGAGGCACACCAAACAGCAGCCGCAAAUAACAAGCUCAUUGCAUCAGUGAAGCCCAUAAAGAAGUCCCACAAACAUUACUACACCACCUUGAUAGCCGAAAAUGAAGAAUUAGAUAGCAACAUCGGCUUAUUUCAUCUCCAUACCAGGGUCAGGAGUAUUUUACAGAAAGAAGAGACGCGACAUGGCCACGGGCCGAACCGGCCCGUGGCCCGAACCGUGAACCGGUACCGGCCCGGACCAAACCGGCACAGGUACCGGCAUGAACAGUACACGGGCCGUGAACCGGACCGGGCCCAAAGCGGUCCGGUUACGUCAAAUUUAUUCGUGAACGAUAUAUAA